AUGUGCGAUGGAUCUGAAAACACCCAUUCGGUAGGGAUGAAGAGAUUUUCGCAGAACCAGACAAGCACACUUCCUUCUGGAUGCCGAGAAGAGUAUAAGAAAGUUGUGUAUGUAUCCCAUCCAACAGUACUUGAUAAGCAAAUCAAAUACCGUCUGUGUUACACGAAGUCGAGUGGGCACGAGCCUGAAGACAACGAGGUCCUAAGGAUCGAGAUUUCUCAUGACCUGGAGAAUCUAGCACACUACAUCAGAAAGAUUUUGGACUAUCACAGAUUCAAGAAGCUGAAGAUAUAUGUAAAGUAUAGCGAAUUUCUGAAGCUUCACAAGGAGAUAGAGAAAGUCAACAAUGACUUGUUUACCUGCAACUAUAGCUUCAAGUUUAGCUUCAUUCCAAGCAGCUACAAAGAAGAGGAGUACGUACUUCUUUACGAAAUAGAAGGAAUUAAGAGAGGCGAGCACUACGGCUAA